AUGUCGACAGUCAGGGCGUCUAAGUGGGCUCCGGCCAACGAGACGCAGGCGGAUAUCCUCUCGGAGAGGGAGAAUCUCAAUGGUGCCGUCCUCGGAGGCGUAGGUUAUGGCGUUCAUGUCACGCUGUUCUUCAUAAGCUUAGACCUGCUCAUGAAGCAGCUGAAAACCCAUCCGAGGCGGUCUUAUUGCAUGCUCGCCUAUAUAUUCAUGCUAUUUACUCUGGGCUCGCUCGGAAAUGCUGCAAACAUCAAGUUCAACGAGAUGGUCUUCGUCGACAACCGUGACUAUCCCGGCGGACCGAACGCCUACUUCAUCGAGCAGAAUGGUGUAUGGAUCAACGUCCUGAGCUACGGAGUUUACAUCGUCAACACAUGGCUUCAGGAUGGACUAUUGCUGUAUCGAUUCCAUCUGAUAUGGAACUCGAACAUCUGGCUAACGGCCAUUCCCGGCUUAUUCUACACGGUAUCUGUCGUCAUGUCGUGCCUUCUACUGUCGCAGAUCGCAGAACCUGGCGACAACAUCUGGAAGCAGUUAAGCGUCAAGUUCGCGCUGACGUACUGGUGCAUCUCCAUAGGAGCGACACUACUACUCACGACCUUGAUCGUCGUGCGCCUGCUGUACAUGCGGUACAAGCUGAGGAAAGUGAUGGGGCCUCACCAUCGCAGUCCCUAUCUUUCUAUCUCCACCAUCCUCGUCGAAUCUGCGUUUCUGUACUGCGCGGUCGGACUGGCAUUCAUAAUCACCUACGCCAGAAACGAUCCAGCUCAGAACAUCUUCUUACCGGUCCUCGGUCAGGUGCAGUCCAUUGCACCCCUCCUGAUUAUCAUGCGCACAUGCCAAGGACGCGCGUGGACCAAAGAUACGGCGAAGAUGGUCACGACCACCGGCGAUACGUUCGCCUCCGACUCGACAAAGGUCGUGCCGAUGACGCCAUUGCGGUUCCAUGGAAGACGAGGUCAUGAAUUGCAGGCUGCGACGCACUGGUCAGACCCAGCAGCCGAUGGAUCUAUGGAGGACACCGUCGAGAAUGGCUUAGGCCCCUCGGAGUCCCUCCCUAGCUUUGUCAUCAACGCAGAGAAGGGUACUCUGUAG